AUGUCUCAAUUGAACGAUUCGCUCAAAAACUUUAAAAAGAACUUGUCAGCAAGCACCCUUGUUGGUGUGAAAAGAACUGCAACUGCUAGACCAGCCGACCAUUCACAUACAACCAAACAUACAUCGAUCAACAAUAACACACGAGCUUCGUUUGAACAUGCCCAUCAAGAAUCCAGAAAGAAACAAAAGAAAGCAACCGUAUACUCCCAACCAGCCAAUACGGGCACGGGACAUCAUGCUAUGAGUCAGUUGUAUACAGUGAUCCAGUUUCUCAAGGAUUGUGAUGAGCCCCAGUCCGUAGUGAGCAUUGUAUCUCGCACACAUGUGGAUAUUACAAAGAACCCAUCAUUGUGGCAAAAGCUGGUGGAGAAUGACAAGAUUGAAUAUAAUCAAAACACCAAGACCUUUGCAUACAAGCCUGCAUAUCAAAUCAAGAGCAAAGAAGAUUUACUCGAGUUGUUGAUCAAUAAGAAAGAGGAAGGUGGCAUGGACUACAAGGAUCUCAAGGAUUCUUAUGCAAAGCUGGGUGAAGCCGUAGAAGAGUUGGCCAAUGAAGGACAGAUCCUGGUGAUCCGCAACAAGGAUGGCAACCCACGUGUUUUAUUUUACAACGAGAUGGAUUACAAUACACCCAUUGAUUCAGAAUUCCAAAAGAUGUGGGCGGAAAUCACGAUACCCGACGAAACCGAUUUGCCCAAGCAUUUGGAAAAUGCUGGUCUGAAAACUAUGGAGGUGUUUGAAAAGAAGGUGGUUGCCGAGCCAAAGUUAAAGCGUUCCAAGACCCGUAAUCGUAAAUUCAAGAUCACCAACACCCAUUUAUCUCAUAUUGACUUGUCUCGUGAUUAUGUUCCUAACAAGUAA